AUGAAUGAGAUGGGGAUUCGGAGGGUUGCCCAUGACCAGUCCACAGGGAGUGGGCACACCUUUGGCACCCCACGCCACCCAAGUAUCAUUGACCCUAUCCUGUCAAAGAGGGUCUGCUUCUACAAAAGUGGAGAUCCUCAGUUCAACGGUCUGCGCAUGGUCAUCAACAACCGCACCUUCAAAACAUUUGAUGCACUCCUGGACAGUCUCUCUAAAAAGGUUCCCUUGCCGUUUGGGGUGAGGAACAUCACCACUCCUCGGGGGGUUCAUGCAAUCUAUACUUUGGAUGAACUGGAGGAUGGGAAAUCUUACAUCUGCUCUGACAGCCGUAAGGUAAAACCUAUCAACCUGAUGCUGGCCAGGAAGAAGCUCCCCCCCUGGUACCACACCAGGCCUGCUAGUUCCCGUCGUCAGACAGUGCAGCAGGCCAGGUUUUUCCCUGGCCGGAACAUCCACAAGAAGGAGGCGGUGUUUGUACGCACACCAAGGAGGCUACUGGUUUUUCGCAAUGGUGACCCCACUGUAAAACACAGUGUGGCGCUUCACAAGAGGACUACACCCACUUUUGCGUCCAUCCUGGAAUAUAUUUCAGAGCUCAUCCAGUUUCAUGUGGUGAAAUUACACACUUCUGAUGGCAGACGUGUGGAUGGUUUUCCAGGCUUGAUAUUGUGCUCUGGGAUUGUAGUGGCCGCAGGCAAGGAGCCAUUCAAGCCUGCAAACUACCAUGCACAGAUAUCACCAGCUCCAACAAAGCUGCUGACCAACCGAAUGGGCCUCAGAAGACUAAAGGCUUUAAACCGUAAAAAGAAGUCCCGAUCAUAUACUUCAAAGACAAGAAAUUUCUCCCCCUCAUCCGAGAGGUAUAUUGUGAAUCGGAUCCAUAACUCCAUCGCAGAAGGUUCGUGUGACCUACCCAGUGACCACACAAACUCUGCUGAGUUGGAAUCAGGCCGUGUACUGGAGUCAGUAGCAGAAACAGAGGGCGACAUCUGCCUUGGUGAUGGAGCAGGAGGGCAGGACUGCACGCUGCCCACAGAGGACGACAUUGAGAAGUCCUUUCGCGUGAACCAAGAUGGUAGCAUGACAGUGGAGAUGAGGGUGCGGCUGACAGUUAAGGAGGAGGAAACAAUCCAUUGGACAACCACUCUGACACGCUCAAGUUUGGCCAAUCAGUGCAAUGCAAGCCAUUUAUCGGAGUCUGUGGCAGAGCAGGAGAUCGUCUCACUAAAGUCAAACUCUCUGGAUUUACAAAGUCCUGCUAUCUCCAUUGACACCAUCAACAAGGACAAAACUAAGGAUAACAACGACGAGGAUCCACCAUCGCUUGGCAAUGGAGUGUUCAGCGAAAGUAGUAAUGAAGAGGAUAAUAUCAAAGCACAGAUGGAUGUGGUGUCCCCCAGGAGAGCUCCUACACCGGGGCACAAGCAAAUUAGAAAAAAGCAAGCCUCUAUGGAGAGCAUAAAUUCAGUGACGGCAGAUGGGAUUCAGGAAGGGAUGGUUGGUUCUUACUCGUACAUAGAGCAGACAGAAGAUGGAGCCAUGACAGAGCAGUACUGCAUGGUCAAACAGAGUAGCGCUAGACCAGUGCCCAAACCUAGAAGACUUUGUUCUGUGGAUGCCAACAAUAUAAACGUCAGAAAUGUAUCCACUUUCAAAUCAGCAGGGAUGACUGAAAUUCUACAGAUUGAAUCUGGAGAGGAGGUCACUGAAACUGUCUUACAUAUAUAUGAACAGCAGACCUGCCAUGAUAACUUCCUUGCAAACCUUUGUGCACAGGAUAUGUCUGCUUCUGGGGUUCCCUUUUGCAGGCCAGCUACCUCAGACACUGGACACCUCUCCUCCAAUAAUGACUUUGAACCCGAGCUCUGGAGACCAUCAACAGCUUCUGAGUCAAUUAGCAUCUGGAGAGCUGAGAGCAUCUCUGUUACUUAUGAAUAUGUGGAAAAAUGGCUGGAGAAAGCCAAUCUUAACCCCACAACUUACCCAGAUGAGGAAAGCAAAACUUUAGAAACAGAGGCAGUUACUCUUGUACAAACAGAAAAUGGCAGGUGUGGGGAGUCUGAAAACAAGAACGGCUUGAUGAUUGUGGCAAAGGAGUCCAACAGCCUGCCUGACUUCUCCUCUCAUGUGGUUUCUACGUUUGGCUCAUCAUCUAAAGCUCUCCUCGCUUUCCUGUCCGUCAUGACCCUAAAGGAAGGCAUAACUAACAUAAACAUGGAAGAGCUGAAUGCAAACAAUGUCAGCUGUGCCGAGGCUUUAAAAAUGAUUGAUUCUCUCAGAGAAAUUGCCAGCAUUGAGGAUUCCCACGAGCUAAAAGUUAGUUUGUCAGAUUUACAGCGGUCAGCUUCGAAGCAGCUCCUGCAAAGCUGGAAGGGCUUUCAGGAACUCAGCGACAAAUGCAAGAGUCGCAGCUCAACACGAAAUGAUUCACAGCAAGAACUCGUAACCGAAGUGAGUCCUGAAAAAGACUGUGGCAUUGAUGAAAAUGUAAUUGAUGAGAUCAUGGAUAAUCUUGACAUACCUGAGAAGCUCAAGGACGAAUUGGCCUCUCUUUCAAUGGGUGUCAAAAGUGACAGUGACGAUAAAGAAAAGAUGUCUGCCAGGAUCAGUGAAGAUGCCAAGAUAUCCCAUUUCUCCAUAGAGGGUGCUGCUAAUGUCAAAGAUGUUACUCAAGAUGAGAAAGCUAAUGCUGAUCUGAGUUCCAUCAUUAAAAAAUUCACAGACAUUAACCAGCCAGAACAACCCAGCAUGGGUAGUAUAACAGAGACAGCGAAGGACAAAACAACUGAUCAGGCAACUAAAGAAGAGGAUAGCCAAUAUGGGCAGAACAGUGCGGCCAAAUUUCGACCAGCUGAACCUAAUGAUGAGCAGAUACCAGAAGAAAGACAGCUUUACAGUACAGUACUGUCUGUAAAUGAGAACGCGGAGGUUAUGAAGGCAUGUAUGGAGGUAGAAAAUCAAGAAAAUCAGGGCGAGAAAAAACAGCAGCACGGCCACAAUGAAGACGAAUCCAACCAAGAAAAGGCAAACAUGAAUGGCGUAAUCAGCAGCACGACAAAUCUUGAACAAGACAAUUGUACCUCUGAGGUAGAGAAGCAAGACAUGAAAGGCAAUAAGCUGCAGAUGCACAGUCAGGGGAACAUGAGUAUCCUUGACAAGGAGCUCCCCCAUGAUGCUGAGUCAGGUUCAGAACAGGAAGAGCAGGACACGUCAAGUGCCAAUAAAGAUUUAGAGCAGAAAGUGAGCAUUGAGCAAAGUGUGUCUAGCUCGGAAGCAGAUGAGCAACUUAGAUCAGAAGAGGAAUCAGAAGUUGAAUGUAAGGAGAUACAACAUGGGAGCAGGGAGAGUGAUGAUUUGUCCAACCCUGAAAGUCACUCUGAGGAGGAAGAAGACAAGCAACCAAGCUCCAAUAAUGACAUAGAACUCAAUGUAAGAGAGACAGAAAGAAUAUCCAGCCCAUACAGUCAAAACAAGUCUUUGUCAGAGGAAGAGCAACCAGAGGCUGGAUGUAAGGAGCUGAGCAACAAAGAUGCUUUGUCUAACCCUGCAAGCCCAUCUAACUCAGAGGAGGAACUGCAGAGUCAAGGAAGCUGUAUGAGACUGAAUGCCAGUGUUGAUGAAUGCACAUAUAUCUCAGAUGUUGAUGAGCCAUUUUCAGAGGAAGAGCAACCUGAGGCUGAAUGUAACAGACUAAAGGUCAUCAUUGGGGAAAGUUUGUCUGGCAGUGAGGAAGAGCAGGGGACCAUGGAGGAUGAAAAACACCUUGAUAAUCUUCCAGAUCACAGGGAACAAACAUGUAAAGCGUUGAUAGAAGAGACAGAGGAGGACAAGUCAGCUCUCAGCGCCCAGUCAGCUCCUCAGUCAUCAUUAUCUUUCAGCUACGAUUCCAGUGGCGUUAUAACCUCAGAGCCUGAAGGCAACAGGGUCAGAUACAUCAGGGAAAUGUUCCUGGCAAAGAGUGGCACAGAUGUAAAGCCCGGACAGAGAUGUUUCCCAAGCCCGAACACAUCAGAGCUGUCCAAGUUAAGAGCAGAGACCUCAGCUAGUGGCGGGUAUCAGUCUCAGACUUCAAGUGAGCUGUCUAGCGGCGAAGAUGAUUCAGCACGUAAGUCCAUCACCAAAGGUUUUGUGAGAAGAACAAUUGAAAGGCUUUAUGGCAAGAAGGAUGCUAAUCCUGAUGAGGAAGCAAAUGAAAGGCCCCCAUCUGCGCCAAAACAGAAAAAGAAAGAACACUCAAGCAUUUUCUCUCCCUUCCACAUAGCUGGGUCCAAAGCCAUGUCUGAGUUGUCUUACUUCAGUUCCACUAAUGCACUGGACACCUUAAGUGAAGCAACACGAUGCGUUGCUUUUAACGCACAAGUCGGGCCUGAAGAGAGUGUCCGAUGGCUCCUCAGAGAGAACACACUGAUCAGAAAGUCUGUUUCAGACCCAGUUGGAAUAAACAAAACCUUCACAAGCUCUCCUCAAGGCGGAGCAAAAUGCGAGGAUGCAGAAGAGAACGCCUCAAGUCCCCCUUUUAGCACAAAGUCUGACCUGGAAGACAAUAAGUCACUUUCAAGGAAGUGCACCUACUUUUCUUUGCCCCAUGCUAGUGACUCAGAUGCAUGUCAGGAUGACCUGAGCAUAGUUAGCAAGAGCGGUGAGAGUAUCACAGAUCCAAAGGACAAUUCAGGGGACACCAAAAUGGGGGCAGAUAGGAAUGGCUCGCUGCCAGUUGUUGGUAUUACUGACUUUAAGAUGAAGGAUAACAAAGUGCACCCGUUGACAGAGCCUCCACCUGAUGGUGAGGCUGUAGUUGUGCAGCCUGGGAAAGGUCAGGGUGUUAUGAACAGAAGGAUUCAGGAGCCUGACAUGCUGGACUUACUGUACAAUUUUUGUGGUCAGAAUUGUCCCAUCCUGUGA